AUGCAUCUGUAUAACUUGACGCUACAGAAAUCUACGAAUAUAACCCAUGCCGUCCAUGGAAACUACUCGGGGCAGAAGCAGCAGGAAAUUGCCGUCGCCCGCGGUACUCUGUUGGAAAUCAUCAAGCCGGAUCCGAAUACCGGAAAAGUCCACACAAUCUGCUCUCGGGAAUGUUUCUCACUUAUUCGAUCCAUGAUCUCCUUCCGUCUUACUGGUGGUACAAAGGAUUACAUCGUCCUCGGCUCCGACUCCGGCAGAAUCAGCAUUCUCGAAUACAACCCUGAAAAAGGCUCGCUCGACCGAGUUCAUUGCGAGACUUUCGGCAAGUCGAUGAGUCGCCGAAUCGUGCCCGGUCAGUUCCUUGCUCAUGAUCCCAAGGGUCGGGCAAUUAUGAUCGCUGCCUGUGAAAAACAGAAACUCGUCUACAUCCUCAACAGAGAUGCGCAAGCUCGACUAACGAUCUCGUCCCCUCUUGAAGCUCACAAAAGCUCCACGAUUCACUUUUACCCAGUCGGACUCGACGUUGGAUUCGAAAAUCCCGUCUUUGCCGUUAUCGAACUCGACUACGAAGAUGCCGAUGCAGAUCCAACCGGCGAAGCUGCUCAAGAAGCGAAACAAUCCCUCACCUUUUACGAGCUCGAUCUUGGAUUGAAUCACGUGGUCAGAAAGUACACAGAUCCGCUCGAAUGUGCUGCCAAUAUGCUCAUCCCAGUUCCUGGCGGUUCUGAUGGUCCUGGCGGAGUCAUCGUCUGCGCGGAAAACUAUUUGAUCUACAAGAACUUUGGCGAUCAGCCAGACAUUCGCUUUCCCAUUCCACGAAGACGAAAUGAUCUGGACGAUCCUGAGCGAGGAAUGAUCAUCGUUGCCCACGCGACUCACAAGACCAGAUCUAUGUUUUUCUUCUUGCUCCAGACCGAGCAGGGUGACAUUUUCAAGGUUACGCUUGAAACCGAAGAAGACAUUGUCACAGAAAUGCGUUUGAAGUACUUCGAUACUGUCCCUGUUGCUUCGUCUCUUUGUGUCCUUCGAACUGGUUUCCUCUUUGUCGCCGGGGAGUUUGGCAAUCACAAUCUUUACCAGAUCACUCGACUCGGGGAGGAUGACGAUGAGCCUGAGUUUUCAUCAGCAGAACCUCUUGAAGAGGGGGAAACUUUCUUCUUCACUCCUCGUGGGCUUCGAAACCUCGCUCUCACCGACGAAAUGGAUUCGUUAUCGCCCGUUCUUAAUUGCGAAGUCGCAGAUUUGGCGAAUGAAGAUACGCCACAGUUGUACGUCACUUGCGGACGCGGACCUCGCUCGACUUUACGAGUCCUCCGACACGGUCUGGAAGUAUCCGAAAUGGCCGUUUCCGAACUUCCGGGGAAUCCCAACGCUGUUUGGACGGUCAAAACCUCGGCCGAUGCUGAUCAUGAUUCCUAUAUCAUCGUUUCCUUCGUCAAUGCUACUCUUGUACUUUCCAUUGGUGAAACAGUCGAGGAAAUCACCGAUUCCGGCUUUCUCGGAACCACGCCUACUUUGUCUACUGGUUUGAUGGGCGAAGAUGCUCUGGUCCAAAUCUAUCCAGAAGGCAUUCGCCACAUUAGAUCAGAUCGACGCGUUAACGAGUGGAGAGCACCUGAUCGCAAGCAGAUUGUCCGAUGCGCCUGCAAUCGCCAGCAAGUUGUUAUCGCCCUAACUGGUGGAGAAAUCGUAUACUUCGAGAUGGAUCCCACGGGUCAGCUCAACGAAUACACUGAGCGAAGAGAGUUUGGCAGUGAAAUUGUCGCCCUCGACGUCGGAGACGUUCCUUCUGGCGAGCAGCGAUGUCGAUUUUUAGCCGUCGGCCUUUCUGAUGGAACUGUGAGGAUCAUUUCUUUAGACCCAUCCGAUUGCCUACAGCCGAGAACUAUGCAAGCCCUUCCAACUGUUCCGCAGGAUGUGGCCAUUACAGAGCACAAGGGCCAGUAUGUCCUUCAAAUCGGCCUUCAAAAUGGAGUUCUCCUGCGAACCACGAUUGAUUCUGUCACCGGUGAAAUUUCAGAUACUCGAACCAGAUAUCUCGGAACAAAGGCAGUCAAGCUCUACAAAGUAAUGACCGAAGGCGAAAACUCCGUCCUCGCUGUAUCUUCGCGUUCUUGGCUCUCCUACAGACAUCAGCAGCGAUUCCACUUGACUCCACUAUCCUACGAAGCUCUUGACAGCGCAACUGGCUUCAGCAGCGAGCAGUGUCCAGAAGGAAUCGUCGCCAUCGCCGGUAACACUCUCCGUAUUCUCGCUCUCGAAAAACUCGGUGCUGUCUUCAACCAAGUGCGCAAUCCACUUCAAUUGACCCCGAGAAAGUUUGUCAUUCAUCCUGACACGGCGAAUCUAGUCAUUGCCGAGUCUGAUCACAACGCUUUCACUGAAGAGACGAAAAAGCAGCGCAAGAAUGCUAUCGCUGAAGAAACUGUUGCUUCGGCAGCGCCAGAAGAACGAGCUUUGGCCGCUGAAAUGGCCGCUGCUUUUCUCAAAGAGGAGUUGCCAGAGUCCGACUUCGGCUCACCACGAGCUGGCAUGGGCAUGUGGGCUAGUAAAAUUUCCAUCAUUUCGCCAGAAACAGGAGGUACUCUUCAUCACGUGUGGCUUGAGCAAGGACAGGGAAUCCACUCGAUGUGCUUGACAAAGUUCCAGUCUGUUGGUAUGAUCGAUUGGUACUUGCUUGUUGGAACUAGUAACUCGUUGAUUUUGAACCCUCGCCAGAGCCAAGGAGGAUCACUUCAUGUUUACCGAAUACACGCUGGUGAGCGAUUUGAAUACCUUCACACAACUUACACUGAGGAUGCUCCAACUGCGAUCACACCCUUCCAGGGCCGUGUUCUCAUCGGCGUCGGAAACUUGCUUCGAAUCUACGACCUUGGAAAGAAGAAAAUGCUCCGAAAGUGCGAGCUCCGAUCGAUUCCGUACAGAGUGACAAAGAUUAUUACUGCCGGACAGAGAAUUAUUGCAUUUGAUCAGCAAGAAUCGGCGUUUUUCAUCAAAUACAGAAUAAAAGAAAAUCAGCUCACAAUCUUCGCUGACGAUACUUAUCCAAGAUGGGUGACAGCAGCGUGUAUGCUGGAUUAUUCGACUGUAGUCAUUGCCGAUAAAUUUGGAAGUGUUUCCGUCAUUCGACUGCCAUCAGAGACGAACGAAGAUACACAGGACGAUCCCAGUGGAGCAAAGGCUCUCUGGUCGAGAGGAAACUUGAACGGUGCGUCGCAGAAGGCGGAAACUAUCAACAACUUCUUUGUGGGAGACAUGAUUACUUCUAUUCAGAAAACAAUCUUGAUUCCGGGUGGUGGUGAGUGCAUCGUGUACGCAACGAUGUCAGGAAGAAUUGGAAUUCUAGUGCCCUUCGCAAGUAACGAAGAUGCGGACUUUUUCCAAAAUCUGGAGAUGCACAUGAGACAGGAACACUUAUUUUUGACUGGACGUGAUCAUCUGGCAUUCCGAGGAUAUUACUAUCCCCAGAAGAGCGUCGUUGAUGGUGAUUUGUGCGAAGCAUUCUCGCUUCUCGGCCAAGAUCAACAGAAAGGAAUUGCGGAGGAAAUGGAUCGACAACUUGCGGAAGUUUCGAAAAAGCUGGAAGAUAUUAGAACACGAUUCGCCUUUUAG